ACAACAACACAAGUCUGAUCCAAAACCCGCCCACAAUUCCCCAUAUCAUGUCGUGUUCAUGCCCUUCUUCCUUUUCCUUUUCCUUUUCCACAAGUUUCUGAAAGUGGUUGGUUGCAUUACCAUUUACUACUUUCUUUCUCAACACACGGAAACAAAAUCAACAAAACCACCCCAACUCAAUCCAUCUCUGCAUUCUUCUUUUUUUUCUGCUCACACACCUGUAGGAAUGGGCGACAUGUACCACUUUGACAAGAAUCUCUCUUCGCAGGACGAAAUCUCACUUUUUCUGCGUCAGAUUCUCCUCCGUUCAUCUCCUUCUUCUUCUUCAUCACCCCACUCCGUCCCCGGAUCCUGCAACUCCAACAUAUCUCACCAAAACGUCAAUUCUCACGCUUCUUUCACGCCCUCGCACCUCCAACACGGCAAGAUCUCGAACCUUGGUUCCACCGCCUCUUUUGUCUCGCCUUCUGGCACUUGCGGUUCCUUCAAGGCCCAGACUGCUUCUGCUGCAAAUGUGUCUUCUUCUUCUGUUUUAGUGAGCGAGAACGAGAAUGAUGACUAUGAUUGUGAAAGUGAGGAGGGUGUCGAAGCUUUGGCCGAAGAACUUCCAACAAAGCCUAUUCCUUCAAGGAAUUCAUCUAAGAGAUCAAGAGCUGCUGAAGUUCAUAAUUUGUCUGAGAAGCGAAGAAGGAGUAGGAUCAACGAGAAAAUGAAGGCCUUGCAAAAUCUAAUUCCGAAUUCUAACAAGACGGACAAGGCUUCAAUGCUCGAUGAAGCUAUUGAAUACCUUAAACAACUUCAGCUGCAAGUACAGAUGCUGUCAAUGAGAAAUGGGUUGACUUUGCAUCCUAUGUGCUUUCCAGAAGGCUUACAGCCACUGCAGUUAUCUCAGAUGGGCAUGGAACUGAGUGAAAGAAACAGGUCUACCACUUUAAACAUGACAGCUACUCUGCCUCUCCACCAAGAGAACCCCUUGCACUACACAUCCAAUCUACCUAGCAAACACAUUCUGCCAAAUCAGCCAUCUGCACCAUAUCCUUCAUUUAUUAACAACCCAGAAACUUCUUUUGGGCUGGAAUCCCGAAUCCAACCAGAAACAAAACCUCUUCAACACAAAGGAGGACCUUCUGGGCCAAUACGCGGGGAAGACAUUUUGCAUUACCAGCAACCAAGUGCUAUCCAUUCAGAUGCUAAUACAUUAGGUAGUUCUCAAGUUGUGAAAGAAUUCGAGUCAGGCACAACAGUAUCACUCUCCUUUGACACGCAAACAUGCGAACCAUGCAUUGGCCGAAGAGAACAGUCAGGAAUGAUCAUAAGAAAUAGUGAGGCCAACAUUGUUGUUACAUCGCAGUUAAGUAGGUAACUGGUAUAGCGCUAGGUAUAUGAUGAUGCUUAAGGAUAUAUGCAUAUGGCAUAUGUGACGAUAUGUAUGUAUGUAUGUUGAUGCAUGCGACAAUAUGUGUUGAAAAGCUUUUCAGCACACGAGACUGCAAUGCAGUGCAGAGAGAAAAAGGUGGUGGCAGUGGGAACUCGAAGACCGAGAUUUUUGAAGUUUACAAGUUUAGUCUUGCAAUGCUUUUUGAAUUUUGGUUUCCCCGUAAAAGUAGGAAUACCGAUCCUUUGAGUUGAGCAUUUUGUAAUGUUCUCAAAAAGCCUAUGGCUCUGGCCUACGUGACAUACACAAAUUAUUUGUAGCUUCUCGAAUUGUUACAUUUGCAAUGUAUAAUAUUAUUAUUAUUAUUGUAUGUUCAAAAAACAGCCACUAGUUGUACGGAGUAUCUAUAAACUCAUGACCGUGAAAUAUCCUCCUACGAUGAUUUCAUUGGAGACUUC